CCUUGUAACACGCAGUUCUCAAAUAGCACCUAAGAGUAUUCCGUUUGAUAAGUAAGUUACUUAAAAGUGCGGCAAGUAAAUCGGUUCAAUACUUCGUUACAUUUGGUUUCUAUUUCUAAUAACAACAAGGAUAACGGUCAUCUGAAAAGAUAUUUUAGUGUAUUCAACAAGUUUGAGAAAGACCUUGUGUAUCUUGACUUCAUUCUAACGGAAUAAUAGGAUUCAGUGAAGAAAAGCGUGUGUUUUUUUGUUCUUCUCGGAGUUUGAAAAUUUCGUAAUUGAGUGAUUAGUGAAUAUAUUCAGUGAUAAUUCUUUUGGAAAGCUGCAACAAGAAAAAUCGAAAGAAAUGAAGAAGGGAAGAAUCUUCCAGAUAUUUACGCCGUUCCUUUUACUGGUAUUUUACGUGUCGCCAUCCGCCACUUACGCUUUGACGACCUUUGGUAAAACCAAUCCUCAGAAUCAAAAUCAAAAUCCACCACCGCCACCUACGCCAGUUGGGAAGGCUCGCGAAUGUAAGUUAGACACUGAUUGUGCUGGUAUACAGAAUACUACGUGUCUGUCAGAUUCCCGAGAUGGAAGGACCCGUUGCCUAUGUGGAGAUUACAGUCCACCGCUUAACGGCGCGUGUA